AUGAAAAGAAAAAAACAAAAAGAUUUUCAAAAUGAUGCAUAUUUUAGUGAAGCUGCAGAAGAACAAUAUAAGCAGCAAAUUGGUGCAGGACCGGAUCAUGCGCUUGGCGCUAGUGAUCGACAUUUUAAUCCUGAAACAUCAGAAACAUUGAAAGUAAUAAGAGCUGGUGAAAAUGAUACAUUUGGCCAACAUUUCAAUGAGCUAAUAGCGCAAGCGGAAAUUCCUCAUAUUCCACCACCACAGGUUUAA